GCUUCGCGUGGCCAUCAAAAGAGAAAUCAGAUGAAGAGAACAGGAGAUGCGGCGGAGGAGAGGGAUGAGGGCAGUGUGGUGUGUGCUUUUGCUAGCAGGUGGACCUCUGCAGAUGGGCCCAACCCACUUGCAGAAACAGAAUUGCUUUCCAAAAUUAUAUUAUUAUUUACCGAAAUGCCCUGCCCUUCACUAGGGUUUAGGCCGUUAUGGCCCACCUCCGGCGCCCCAAAACCUCCAUGGCCGGAGCUUCAAUUCCCGCCGCCGCCUCCUCCUCCUCCUCCUUUCCACCUCCACCUCCGUAGUCCUUCAUCGGACCGCGCCCGCCCCAUGAUUAGCCGCCGCGUGGCGGCCACGGCAGCCCUACGCUCCUCUCUGCGGCGUGCCUGCUCUUCCUCCUCCCACACCGCCGACCCCGACGACCAACUGCUUGGUCUCGUGGAAGCCCCCGAGCCGCAGCGCGGAUCCCGCCUCUCAUCCAAGGACUUCGCCUUUCUUCGGGAGCCCACCCCUGCCCUCCACGCAGCGGCCCUCCCGCCGCCGGAGGCCGUCCUUAUAUCCAAGGCGAUCCGAGCUUACGCCGCCGACUUCGACGGCAAGGCGGAGCGGUUCCUGCGUCGGCACAGGGACUUCCUAAACGACGCUGUGGUGGUUGCUGUGCUCCGGUCGGUGCGCACCCCGGAGCUCUGUGCCAGGUUCUUCCUCUGGGCCGAGCGGCAGGUGGGGUACAGCCACACCGGCGCCUGCUACAACGCACUGGCGGAGGUAUUGCAUUUUGAUGACCGUGCUAGGACCAUCGAGAGGCUGCUGAGGGAGAUUGGGGAGGAUGACCGUGAGGUGCUCGGCAGAUUGCUCAAUGUGAUUGUACGGAAAUGCUGCCGCCAUGGAGCGUGGGCCAAGGCGCUGGAGGAGCUCGGGAGACUCAAGGAUUUUGGGUACAGGCCGUCAGGUGCGACCUACAAUGCUCUGGUCCAGGUGCUUGCAACCGCGGGGCAGAUGGACAUGGGUUUUCGUGUGCAGAAGGAGAUGUCAGAGUCGGGGUUCUGCAUGGAUAAGUUCACAGUUGGGUGCUUUGCACAGGCGCUGUGUAAGGAGGGGCGGUGGUCUGACGCACUUGUUAUGAUAGAGAGGGAGGAUUUCAAACUUGACACCGUGUUGUGCACCCAGAUGAUCAGUGGACUGAUGGAGGCCUCCCUUUUUGAUGAGGCCAUUUCAUUCCUUCAUAGGAUGCGAUGCAACUCAUGCAUCCCCAAUGUGGUCACAUAUAGAACACUUCUCACUGGAUUUUUGAAAAAGAAGCAGCUUGGCUGGUGCAAGAGGAUAAUCAACAUGAUGAUGAAGGAGGGUUGCAAUCCAAACCCCUCCUUGUUUAAUUCUCUUGUGCAUAGUUACUGCAAUGCCAGGGAUUAUCCAUAUGCGUACAAACUUUUAAAGAGGAUGGCUGAUUGUGGUUGCCCUCCUGGCUAUGUCGCAUACAACAUUUUUAUUGGAAGCAUAUGUGGUGGAGAAGAAUUGCCAAGCCCUGACUUGUUGGCUUUGGCGGAAAAAGUUUAUGAGGAGAUGCUGGCUUCUAGUUGCGUUCUUAAUAAGGUGAACACUGCAAAUUUCGCUCGAUGCCUUUGUGGUAUGGGGAAAUUUGAUAUGGCAUUUCAGAUCAUUAAGGUGAUGAUGGGAAAAGGUUUUGUACCUGACACGAGCACAUACUCUAAGGUGAUUACCUUUUUAUGUGAGGCUAUGAAGGUAGAAAAGGCUUUCCUUUUGUUCCAAGAGAUGAAGAGUGUCGGUGUUAAUCCUGAUGUUUAUACAUAUACAAUUUUGAUUGAUAGCUUUUGUAAGGCUGGUCUUAUUGAACAGGCUCGGAGCUGGUUUGACGAAAUGAGGAGUAUUGGCUGCUCCGCAAAUGUAGUAACAUACACUGCAUUGCUUCAUGCUUACCUGAAAGCAAAGCAGCUACCUCAGGCUAGUGACAUUUUUAACAGAAUGAUUGAUGCUGGCUGUCCUCCCAAUACCAUUACCUACAGCGCACUAGUUGAUGGCCUCUGUAAGGCAGGUGAAAUCCAAAAGGCUUGUGAAGUCUACACCAAAUUGAUAGGAACUUCUGACAAUGUAGGAUCUGAUUUUUACUUUGAAGGCAAGCACACAGACUCCAUUGCUCCAAAUGUUGUCACAUAUGGUGCACUCAUAGAUGGUUUGUGUAAGGCACACAAGGUGGUUGAUGCUCAAGAAUUGCUAGAUGCUAUGUUAUCGAAUGGGUGCGAGCCAAAUCACAUUAUAUAUGAUGCCUUGAUUGAUGGCUUUUGCAAAGUUGGAAAGAUUGAUAAUGCUCAGGAGGUAUUUUUGAGGAUGUCUAAGUGUGGCUACUUGCCUACGGUGCAUACAUACACCUCCUUAAUUGAUGCGAUGUUUAAGGACAGAAGGCUUGAUCUAGCCAUGAAAGUUCUCUCUCAAAUGGUGGAGAGUUCUUGCACUCCUAAUGUUGUCACUUACACAGCUAUGAUUGAUGGACUUUGCAGAAUAGGUGAAUGUCAAAAGGCCUUAAAGCUGCUGUCAAUGAUGGAAGAGAAGGGAUGCAGCCCAAAUGUUGUGACCUACACUGCUCUAAUAGAUGGAUUGGGAAAAUCUGGUAAAGUUGAUUUGAGUCUUCAGCUUUUUAUACAAAUGAGCACAAAAGGGUGUGCCCCUAAUUAUGUUACCUACAGAGUUCUGAUAAACCAUUGUUGUGCUGCUGGUCUUUUGGAUGAAGCACAUUCACUGCUAAGUGAAAUGAAGCAGACUUACUGGCCAAAAUAUUUGCAAGGAUACUGCAGUGUAGUUCAAGGUUUUAGCAAGAAGUUCAUUGCUUCUCUUGGAUUGUUGGAGGAGCUGGAAUCACAUGGCACGGUGCCAAUAGCUCCUGUUUAUGGAUUGCUCAUUGAUAAUUUCUCCAAGGCUGGCAGACUGGAGGAAGCCUUGGAGUUACAUAAAGAGAUGAUGGAACUCUCAUCAUCACUAAACAUAACCAGCAAGGAUAUGUACACUUCAUUGAUCCAGGCACUUUGUUUGGCAUCUCAGCUUGAAAAAGCAUUUGAAUUAUACAGUGAAAUAACUAGGAAAGGUGUUGUGCCAGAAUUAAGUGUCUUUGUUUGCCUCAUAAAGGGGCUAAUCAAAGUAAAUAAGUGGAAUGAAGCCCUGCAGUUGUGUUACAGCAUAUGUGAUGAGGGUGUGAACUGGCAGAGCAACAACUCUUUUGAUGGAGGGUAGAGCUUUGUUUUCUUACAUGGUUACUCCAAAUGAAGGCAUUGUCCCCUAAUUUUGAUGGGGGUGAUUCGGUUCAAAUCAAAUUAAACUUAUCUGAAUGAUUUCCUGUUCCAAACAUCCCUCUAGGGAGUCAUUCAUUUCUGACAUCUUACUGGAAGAUUACAGUAUGAUGUGGUGACCCAGGCGAUAAGGAUUAGAAUGUGCUUUUGUGCAACUCAUUGCUUGCUUGGGAAAACAGCACUAUGGGAUGAUUAAAACUGUAUAUGCUCAUAUAUGACCUUUCUGGGUGCUGAAGGAUAAAGUGAAGACCUUCAAAAAGCUAUAUGCAAUCAAGCUGCACUAAUGCCUAGCUGGUUUACCUUCAGAUGGACAAAGGAUCAUCUCAAUGUCUUUCAAGAAUAACCUGUGUAUAUAAGUUACUGAUGGUUAGACACAAGGGUGAAAUAUGCGGUGAAAGAAAACUUCUGAAGUUCAUAAUUCUCUAUUCACCAGUUCAGUGAUUCAUCCUUCUAGCUCCUUCCAGUAUUUUUGCUCUCAUAAUAGAGCAAUAAAGAUAUAGUGUAAUCACAGAAAUGUACUCAAAUGUACUACAGUUCACUGUACAAAUGUAAUAAUUACUUCAAGUUAAACUUUAUUUAUUUAAACUGUUAAUAUCUAGUGAUACUCUGUCGGAGCAAAACAUUUCAUCCGUUGUUGUUGGACCAUCAAAUUUUGACCUUGUUUUACUUUGCAAGUGUUAAUUAAUUGAGUACUUAUGAUUCACAGUGUGUUUCAGAUCUCUAGCUUUUGUUCCUAUUUCUUUGUUCCAUUUAUGUGGAGAUAAUACCCUCGCGGUGGUUUUAUUAAGCCCUUUAAUUAGCUUUGAAACUACAGUUCUUUUCCAUGUUACUAUUUUAGCUAAGCAUGUUCUGAAUUGGAUAUUUGGAUUGUUGUGGUGUUGUAUCAAUAUGCCUGGUGUAGAGGUUCUUGUAACUGGUGACUGGUGAGUAAUUGUGCUCUAUGCGAGGAAGCUCGAAAGCCCAGACCAGAUUACCAUCGGUCAAAUGCCAUGGACUUGUAUUUGUUUGCUCACAUAUGUUGCUACUUGCAUUUGAAUAUACCAUCUUUACUAGAUGCUGCCACAAUGUUUCACACAACUACACACGCAUAGAGAACUUCAUCGUUUUAUGCUGCACUGAUAUUUGAAAGUGUUGUAUCCUAGCAUGGCUUGUAUUUAAUACUGGGCCAAAUGAGUUUUCCGGUUCAUCUGCAUCUAUUAUAUUAUGUAUUAUGAUGAAAGCAUAGGAAAAUGAUUCCUUAAGCUUUUCCAGAAAGAAAACAUUGCUUCCGUGUAGAACAUAUUAACUUUUUGCUUUGAAUUUGCAGCGGUGACUGAAAAGAGACUAAGGAAUGCAUGGCACUUCAUUGCAUUUUGUAGCCAGGGUACUGCCCUUUGAUUGAUUUGGUAAGUGAUGUCAGUUACUACUUACUAAUGAGAAUGCAUGGCUCUUCAUUGCUUUGUGUGGCCAGGGUACUGGCCUUUGAUUGAAUUUGUAAAUGAUGUCAGUAGUAGUCCUUUUGUUCCUUGUUUAUGUGUCUUAAGUAUCCAGAGGAGCCUCCAUAUCCCGAUUAAAUCUGGUCUUCUGAUACCUGUGCUUUUUUUUCAAGUAUUGAGAUUUUCAAUGAGCAUCAUAUCUUUUAAGAAAUGACAGAAGUUUUUGCUGAUGUCAUGACACUGAUUGGUUCUUCUAUAGAGAGGAGAGAGAAAACAUACCCAGGUAUGCUGCUCCAUGCCAGCAGAGAUGCACUCUGGUAUGCUGUUUUGUAAUAAUAGAUAACGAGCGCUGCAUUGCAAAGAUUCACAGUUCUUUCAUGUAUGAUCUGAGGGUUCUGAAGCAGACUGCAAAGGUUGGCUGGAAAACAGUAAAUUAAGAAGAAAAAAAAAGAUGGUCAUGAGGCAAACGUGUUGAUUUAUUGAUUGGGAAUCUGAGUUCUCAAGAAUGAUAUUAUUUGCUCAAUCUGUGAUUUUUUUUCCUUUUUCUGAGACAGUCACAUGAGUUACCUUUGGCGUUUGGACACGUCACAGAUUUGUGCGCUUUGUGGGUGCUUAUUUUUAAUGACGUUGAAAUUUGCAAGUGAUGACUAA